GAUAAAAAUAAAAAUUUACCUGGUGGCUGGGAAUCAGUCAUUGAUAAAAAACAUUUAAAAGUUUGGAGGAAACCUAUUGAAGAAAAUAGUCAUUUAUAUGAAUAUAGAGUGUAUGGUACGUAUGAUGAUGUUCCAGCUCGAGCUUUCUUUAAUGUUCAGGUGGAUCUAGAUUUCUGGCAGGAAUGGGAGAAUAUGGCGCUCAGUAUUGAUAUUAUAGAUAAACAUAAAGAAACAGGCUCAGAGAUAGUACACUGGUUAACCAAAUACCCGUAUCCGAUGUAUAACAGAGAGUAUCUUUAUGUUAGGAGAUAUAAGGAAGAUACCAAGAGAAAUGUAUUAGUAGUAAACGCGAAGGCUAUAGAACAUCAAGAUAUUCCAAUCACCAAGGAAUAUGUCCGAGUUAAACAAUAUCUAUCUCAAAUGGUUAUAAAACCUCAUUCUUCUUGUGAUGAGAAUGGUUUUGAUUAUAUUUUAACUUAUUUUGAUGAUCCUCAGUCAGCCUUUCCUUCAUUCUGCUACAACUGGUUGGCUUCAUCAGGUGUACCUGAUUUUGUCGAGAGGCUUCAUAAAUCUGCGAUAAACAUGAACAAGAAAAUGAAA